AUGCAUGAGUCUUCAGCUAGUAUCUUUCUUGCUAAAAGAAUAAAUACUUGGAUGUUGUGUAGGUACUGUGAACCACUCUUGCUCCACAAAAAGCAAGACAAACUAGGACAGAAAACAAAAGAAGAAACAACCAUGGAAAUUCCAACAAUUGAUCUGUCCAUAGAAAAUAGGAUAGAAUUGUCCAAACAAGUGGUGAAGGCUUGUGAGGAAUUUGGAAUUUUUAAAAUUGUUAAUCAUAAUGUUUCAAGAGAGGUAAUUUUAAGAAUAGAAGAGGAAGGUACCGAGUUCUUUGCCAAAAGCAACUCGGAAAAGCAACAAGCUAAGCCUUGUGGCUAUGGAUGCAAGAACAUUGGCACCAAUGGCGAUGUUGGAGAACUCGAAUACCUUCUUUUUCCCACCAAUCCUCAAUUCAUUUCUGAAUCUUCCAAAUCCAUCUCCAAUCAUCCAAACAAGUUCAGCGGUGUUGUGAAUGAUUACAUAGAAGGAGCCAAAGAAGUAGCAUGCGAGAUUCUUGAUCUCGUGGUAGAGGGUUUGGGGGUCGAAGAUAAGUUUGCGCUUAGCAAACUAAUCAAAGACGUAGAAAGUGACUCAUUGCUGAGGAUCAAUCACUACCCUCCCAGCAUGACUACGGAUUCAGACAUGGACCCAUGUGCUAGUGGUAACACCAACAAUGCCAUUGGCUUUGGGGAACACUCUGACCCUCAGAUCCUCACCGUCAUGCGCUUCAACGAUGUCGCCGGCCUCCAGGCCGCCACCCACGACGGCAUCUGGAUCACUAUCCCUCCUGACCCGCAUAACUUCUUCGCAUUGGUCGGCGAUGCCCUCCAGGUUUUCACAAAUGAAAGAUUUACAAGCGUGAGACACAGGGUGGUGAUCACUGAUACAUCGAAGGCAAGAAUGUCAAUAAUGCACUUCGGAGCACCAUCACCGAACUGCUUGAUCACUCCGCUGCCGGAGAUGGUGAAACCACCCCAACACCCAAGUCACUAUAAGCCCUUUACAUGGGACGAAUACAAAAAAAUUGUAUACUCCCAUAGACUUGGGGACUCUCGGCUUGACCCGUUCAAGGUUCAUCAUGACUAG